AUGUCGAUAUCUACAUCCAGCCAUAGAUUCAUUGGGGUCUUGUCAUAUCUCACAUUAAUAUUAUUCUUAAUAACGAACAGCUACGGUUCUCCUUUACCAAACGAAUCCGAAGAUGCGUACGACACUGCAUCCGCGGCACCAUACGAAGGGAGCAACGACACAGUACAAUCAGGCAAAUCGACAGAAGUUGAAUCUGUCUUUUUGACAGAAAGAGCUACCUCAAGUAGCAGCAACGCCAGCUUUCCCACAGCAUUCGACACGAUAGGAAACAAUUUUACUGCAUCAAGUUGUCCUCAAUUUUUCGAAUACUUUCUGACCGACGAAACAUAUCAAUCAUGCCAUGCAGUGUCUCUUCUUCUCCAAAACUCGAAUACCUUUUUCAAAGACCUAGCUUCUGCAGUGACAUUGGAUCAAGUACUCGACACUUCUUGCUCUGCCAACACAACAGCCUGUUCGACAUUCAUGAACAACCUCGCCGCCAAUCUUACAAGUGACAAUAAUUGUGGUGCCGACUACAAACUGGGUAAUCCCAUUGUCACCCAAGCGUACAAUGGAAUGGUCUCCUACGAACCGCUCGCAAGGGCAAUUUGUCUCGAAGAUCCGAAAACCCACGAAUAUUGUUUCACGGAAGCAGCCACCAACAACACCAAUAUUUCAGGCUACGCCCUCUACCUUUUACCUCUAGGCAAUUCUCUCCCCGGCGGCAGUCGACCAGAGUGCAAUCAAUGUACGCAAGCCACGAUGGCGGUAUUCGAGGAUUCGGCUCUGGUCAAAGGGAAUCCACUCGUGCAAACAUAUAUCCCAGCUGCUCAAACUAUCAAUCUUGGCUGCGGACCAAACUUCGUCAAUGCCACAGUCAAUGUCGGAACUCAAAAGUCUGGAUCGUCGUCUAAGUCAUCGGCUAGCAGACUUAGUACAGCGUCGCCUUCUCUCCAAUCACAGGCCAUGGAUCAGUAUCCGCUGCUCGGCAUCCGCGGGCCCCGGCAUCUUGUCAUCUUGCACAUCAAGAACAUUGCCAACUCCCUUUUCAAGAAGAUUAUGACACGAGCAGAAACGAAAACGUGCCAGCCUGGCGGGCGAGCUUCUAAUCUAGCGUGCCGGACUGUUAACAGGCCGAGGGAACAACGGCAACGGAUCUUAAUAUCUGAUCAAUAUGAGAAGAAGAUUGAGAUCAUCGAAGAGCGAUUGGCACGGAUAGAAGGCCUGCUUGAGAACCUGACUUCGCUUUCAGCCGCCUUCCAGCAUCUAGCACCAGGCUUAACCCCGACAACCGCAGCAACAAGAUCUGUACAAGAAACGCUCAAGACAGAAAAAGCACCAAUUCAGUCUCCACCAUCACUAUCAGCACAAGCACCAACACCAUCUACUCACGGUGAUCAUGGUCUCAAAACAGCAGGUAGCAAUGCUGCCUUUGAAGGCGCGUCGUCCCUAAGCGCACAUUCAGUGCAUGCAAGCCGAAUCAUCGAGAAUGCUAUGAGCAAUGACUAUACAGCUUUUACCCGCGAUCCCGAGAUGCAGGAAGCUCUCUUUGCGCUCCGGCAUCUCAUUGACAGACAGCAUUCGCCGCCGGUGAACCAAGACUAUCGUUUUCCAAAUCAGCAAGUUGAUACUUCUUCUGGUAUUGACUUUUCGUCUGUAAAAAUGCCUCCUCUUGAGUCUGUCGUGUCUUUGUUGAGGCUUUGCAAAGAAUCUCAAAAUUUCCUACAACACCCCUUUAUCGACUUUGGACAGUUCAACGAGUUGUGCAAAAGAGUAUACUUUGCAACAGAGGACUACUCCCUUGGUACAUUUGCUUUGGUAAAUGGAGGACUCUUCUACCUAUUCCAGCAUAUUGCCUACCUGGAAGGAAAGAAUGUGCCUGAAGCAUUUGAGAAUGCGGCUAUAUGCCGUGCAAACCUUGAAUAUGCUAUUAGUCGGUUCAGUGUCUUCAUGGCGCCUAAUAGUGAGAACCUACAAGCAAUUCUCAUUGGUGCCUCUUAUGCAAUUGACAUAUCGCAACCUUCUCUAUGCUGGGCUCUAGUCUCAACAGCAGCCCGUCUAUGCCAGACACUCGGCUACCACAGAUCCGUGGGUUCGCCCGGCGACAAUCAACUAGACACAAACCUUAGAAAACGAAUGUUCUGGUUCACCUACAUCCUCGACAAAUGCCUCUCCCUUCGCAUGGGCCACUCCUCGAUCAUGCAGGACUUUGAUAUCACCCUACCUCUCUCCGAUCUAUCAGCCGACUCCCAAAUGACAAUGUGGGAUAUAAUGUAUCACCAAUGGAUCAAGAUUGGCUACUUCCAGGGCCGUAUCUACGAAGAACUCUACUCUCCACGCGCUCUCUCGGGACCGGCAACAGAAAGGACCCAAAGAGCGAAACAACUCACUGCCGACAUGCAGUUGUGGUAUCAAGAAUCGCAGACCCAGCUCGACCCGUCCCGCGCAUAUAACCCUCUCUAUUAUGCAGCAGCUGCGUCGUCUUCGGAGAUUAUGUAUUAUGGUCUUUCAACAUUGGCGUAUCGAGCGGUUCCCCCGGGGCCGCUGGAUAGUUCCACUAUAUUCAGCAAUGAAUGCAUUGCUAUGGCUAGAGAGGCAUUGAGGGCACAUCAGCGAAAUACCGAGCGAUACAAGCAUACCAACAGCUACAUCUGGCAUGGGUACAUAUCUUGGGUCCUUAUAAACUGCCCCUUCACACCUUUCAUGGUCCUCUUCUGCCACGCAAUCGCGACCGCGAAUCUAUCCGAUCUGAAAUGUCUCGGUGAUUUCGUCUCAUCUCUCCAAACAUCCGGCGAAACAGUCGAGGCAGCCGAGAAACUUCGACGACUUUGCCACGUCUUUCAUCGAGUGGCAGAGCUGUAUAUUCAUUCUAAAAUCAAGCAGCAGCAACAACAGCACUAUCAAUACGACAGUGGUGGUCUUGACCAACAACAAACUCAAAAUCACGUGGAUAAUAUACAAUAUCACCAGCACCAGCUAACAACAUCAUCAACACCACUUAACAACAUCCCAACCCCUCAAUCCAACCACACAGACCAAGACAACGCAUUCAAAUACAAUAACAACCCCAAUCCAGCGACAGGACAAUCAUUCAACCCCAUAGACGAUUUUGAGCCAUAUCUCAGCGCUUUAGGAUUUCCGAAUGCAGCUGGCUUUUUAAAUAUAGGCCAACAGCAACAGCAACAAACAGGAUUAGCGUCUCAAAUGGCAACGCCGAUGACAUCAGCAGCACCUGGGCCGGCGGAGUAUAAUAGUACCGAAAACCUUGAAGCAAGUUUUGAUGCGAAUUCACUUGAGAAUUGGUUUACGGGGAAUGUGAAUUUAAUGUCUUUAUUGGAGAUGGAUUUAUCGAGUAUUAUCAAAUAGGCAGCAAGAAGAUAUUCAGAUUCAAUACAGUC